AUGAAGAUUAUUAUUGGAAUAAUUAUACUUGUUGGCAUUGCAUUAUUAACAAAUGCCCGAGAAAUUCCAAGGAUUGUUGGUGGAAAUGUAGCUCCGCUUGGAUCACGACCUUUUCAAGUAUCUUUGCGAUCAGAUUUAAACCGACAUUUUUGUGGUGGUUCAAUAAUCAACGAAAAAUGGAUUUUAACAGCAGCUCAUUGUAUCAAAAGUAAAACAGAGUCAUCAGUAAUAGUCGUGGUAGGAACAAAUAGUUUAUCAACAGGUGGUGAAAAAUACAAAGCUGAUUUGUUGAUUGUUCAUGAAAAAUAUGAAAGUUUAAUAUUUGCAUAUGACAUUGGUUUAAUUCGAACAGCAGAAAGAAUUAAAUUUUCCGAAAAAAUUAGCUCAAUUGAUUUACCAACAAGUGAUUUUAAUAAAAUUGAUUAUCCAGGUAAAUUAUCUGGUUGGGGAACAACAGAAUAUGGUGGUCAAUCUCCAGAUAAACUUCAAGAACUUGAUUUAAUGAUUAUUUCACAAAGUAAAUGUCAGUCUUAUUUUGGUAAUGUUGGUAAUCAUCACAUUUGUGGAAUGACAAGAGCUGGUCAAGGUGCUUGUCAUGGUGACUCAGGUAGUCCACUGACUUCUGAUGGAGUUGUUGUUGGUCUAGCUUCAUUUGUUCGUCCAUGUGCUGUUGGAUUCCCUGAUGUUUACACGAGGGUUUGGACUUUUAUGGAUUGGAUCCAGAGCAACAUCAAAGAGAAUUAAAUUCUUCAAGUUGAAAUAUAGAGACAACA